CAGAAAAUUGAUCUGCUUGUGGAAGCUGCAAGACCCCAAGAACAUUAAUUGUGAUUAUCAGGAAAUAGCAAACACCACCUUGACCAGAUGAGACCAAAUGGUCUCUUCAAAUCCUGCUGCUCUGUAAUGCUCUGGCAGUACCCAAAACUCAUCUUCUGAAUUCUUCACACACAGAAACCUCUCUCUUCCCUUAAAGAGCAGUGGUUUUACUUCACUCCUCAAAAAAGGGUACAGCUUGGGCACUGCUGUAUCACUGUAUUCUAUGGUUGGUGCCUUGCUCUUGGGUUUGUUCUAUAGAACAGGUAGAAGAAAACAAUUUAUACAAUAUUUUCUGUUCCUUAAAAGCUCAGAUGAGCCAGUACAAGCAGUCUAGCUCCAGGAUAUUCUGAAGUCCAUUGCCAACAGGUACAAGUACUUAGCUGCAUGCUCUGUAUGAGAAAUGAGCAGUUCAGGCAAUCCUUAAAAAUGAAGACAUUGGCAGAAUGGAUAAUUAAUAGGUUUCCACUUUCAAGGGGAACAGAGUCCCAUUGCAGAAAAGUUUACAAGCAAGUCUGUGCUAUAUACAGACUAUGCUCUGAAUAUCCUAUGAUGACUAUGAAUCAGCAGCCUAGGCAUUCUCAGUGUUUGUUCAUAGAUCUUUUAGAAGAGAUUGACGUAUCAUCCCAGUUGCUUUUUACAGCAAAAUAAACUCUACACCUAUGUGUAUUCUGACCUUCACUGACACCUAACUGCUACAGAAAACUAUACAUCACGUGCCAUCUUCCUGUAAACAUAUCCCUUUUCUAUCCUGUUUUUGUUUUUUUGUGGGUUUUUUUUUUUUUGUUUUUUGUUUUUUGUUUUUUUUUUUGAACCUGCAGCAUCUUCUACUCCAGUCACCAACAUGGAAGAAAAUGCAAACACCAGUUUGGAAGAAGAUUUCGAAGGACAAGCAACACACACAGGGCCCAAAGGUGUGAUCAAUGACUGGAGAAAGUUUAAAUUAGAAAGUGAAGAUAAAGACUCCUUACCCUUGAGCAAGAAAGAAAUUCUUAGACAAAUGUCUUCACCACACAGGUCCUUCAGUAAAGAUGAUAAAGAUACCAGAGAGAGAUUCUGCCGUAAGAUGAGUAUGCAGGAGUAUGAAUUAAUAAAUGAUGAGAAAGAAGAUGAAAGUUGCCUACAAAAAUACCGUAAGCGCUGCAUGCAAGAUAUGCACCAAAGGCUGAGUUUUGGGCCUAAAUAUGGCUAUCUGUGCGAGCUGCAAAAUGGAGAACAGUUCCUGGAAGCCAUUGAAAAAGAACGUAAAACUACCACUGUCAUUGUUCACAUUUAUGAAGACGGCGUGAAGGGCUGUGAUGCUCUGAACAGCAGCUUAACCUGCCUUGCUGCUGAGUACACUACUGUGAAGUUCUGCAAGAUCAAAGCCUCUAAUACUGGGGCUGGAGAUCGCUUCUCAGACGAAGUGCUUCCCACUCUGCUCAUCUAUAAGGGCGGAGAGCUUCUGAGCAAUUUCAUCAGCGUUUCUGAACAAUUCAAUGAGGAAUUCUUUGCUGUGGAUGUGGAAUCUUUCCUAAACGAGUAUGGGUUGCUACCUGAAAGGGAGCUUCCAGCACUGGGAAAUGUCAACACGGAUGAGCAAGAUGUUGAAUAG